AUGCUGGAGACAUGUCGCGCUGGCGCGAAUAGAACGACGUUCAUCUCCCAACAGUCCGAAGAUCACCACGGUGUACGCAGAGUUCUAGUGACCUACGUAUGUCCACACCUUUCUUCUCGCGACGUAUUAGAGUAUCCAACCUUCCUCAACCUCGUCAAACAUCACAAUGGAAGAGAACUCACCAACCGCCUCCGCGGCACUCACCAAGGCGGAGAAGACUCAAGUCGCCACCGAGAAAGUCAUCGGCACCACCGAGUUGCUGGAAGGCAUCCUUCUCCACCUCACCAACGACUUCCAGACUCUGCUCUUCAGUCAGCGUGUCUGUAA